AUGGCGAUUCGUUUCUCCCCAGAGGAGCUCAAAGGGGAGCUUCUCAGGGUGAGACGUGAACUCGCUCAUCUGGAUACACUUUUGGAUCGGACCUUCAGGGACAUAGAAGCUGCGAGUGAACAUGGUGAAAGGGACCGCAUGGAAGAUGCGAGAAAUGUGCGACAAUGCUUGUGGAAGGAUAAGGAGCAGCUGAGGUCACAAGAGACUAUUUUCUUGAGGCUGUUAUUUGAUCCGAAUUCUGUUGGCGGAAAUCCUGCGGAAAAUGGAGCGCCAGGAGCGGCCGGCUCAUUCCCGCCUCAGUUCUCCGUUGAUGGGUCGCCGAUGCCGAUUAUGGGUCAUGGAGAUCCUUCGCGGAUGCUCCAUUCAGUAUUCACACCGCCAUCGAUGCUUGGAGUUAAGCCGGGGAAGAUGAAGAUGCGACGCAACAAGCUGGCUUCACCCGGCUUACCGUCGUCCAUGUCUGACGGAAAGUCACCAUCUGGUUUUGAAUCCGACUUCGCUAAUCCAAACGGUUACGAAGUUAACCGGAGCGCGGAGUGCAAAGUCCGCGACGUCUGGCUCGAGUGGAAGGAAGGACUGAAUGGUUUUCCGUCGAUCGAGAAGCUUGAAGAAGAGAGGAAGAAGGACCGGAAGAAAGUCUGGUGGAAGAAUAUGAACGACUAUAAAUACUGGAGCAAGCAGAUGAGGAUUGUUCAUGCUGUCGAAGAAAAGGCUCGAGAGCUUGGUGGGGAUCUUGACUCCAGCAUCAAUUUCUGGGAGGACAUUCUUCGCGAGGAAUUCGACGGAAGCGUGUCGAAGCUUCGCGAAGCUUUAGGAGGCCAAAAAACAAACGAAGAAGACAUUGGUCGUUUCAAGAAGCGAUGCCGGGAUUUGUUGCAAAAGGGUUUGCUUCGGAUGGCUAAGAAGAGACAGAUGACGCACCAACAGUCAGAUCAGCAUCACGCUCACCAGCAACAAGCCUUGCAUCAGCAGCAGCUGAUGGAAAUGCAGCAGCAGACUUACACUCAAGCUGUUCAGGGCGACAUGGUUCACAUGGCAGCCAUGGGGAUGGCACACGAUCCCAAUGUUCUUCCGAAGCAUGAAGCCCAGCAUGAAGUUUCGCAGCAGCAGGUUCUGGAAGAAAACAUGUUACACGAAGCUGCUGCUGCUGCAGCAGCAGCUGCAGCGCAGGGUCAGCUUGAUAACGGUGUGCUGCUGAUGCAGGAAACACAUGGGCUGCAGCAGAUGGCUGGCGAAGGACAGGCGGUGAUGCAGGCACAUGUUGAGGAGCAGCUAGAAGACGCUCAGGAGCAGCUGCGUCAGCAGCAGCAACAGCAGCAAGAGCAGAUGCGGCAGCUGCAUGAAAAUCAGCUAAUUGCUGCUUCCAUGCAUGCUGCCCAGGCGCAUGCUGAGGGGGAGGAACAUGUGGAAGAGCAGCAUGGGGAGGAGGGGGAGGAGCAGAUGCAUGAGGAUCAUGGAGAGGUGGAGGAGGGUGAUGAGGAAUUAGAAGGGGAAGGUGCACUGCUGGUGCCUUACAUACCUUCUUCUAUCUAG